AUUAUUUUUUAAAUUUUAGCAUUUUUAUGUUUUGCAGGGGAAGUACAGAAAUGAAAGAUUGAGGAUAAAAGUGAAUGAAUAGUUAAUGGAUAUGGCCUCUGUAGACAGAAGAAAGUGAUCAUCGAGGACCCAGAGAACUGCUGAAUGAGUUUGCUCUGAUCCAUUGAGACAAGAAGAAAGGAAGUCAAGAUGAAUGUGGAUGCAGAGAGCAUUUUGGGUGGCUGGGGCAUGAUGUCAAGAAACUUCUCUAUUGAUGAUCUCUAAAUUUCCUAUGAACUAGGAAGUGAAAUCAUAUAUCAAGAGAGUGGGAAAAAUGUCUUGAGGACAUGGUAAAAAGAUUAAACCCCUUCUCCUUCCCAUCCAUGAUGCUGGAGGAUAUGCAGGCUGCAGGAUGGCCUAGUGGAGACUUGAGGUCAUAAAUCUGUAGUGGUACCAAGUUUCACACUUUUUGGUUGUUAAGUAGUCCAUAUAAAAAAUGUGGAUGGCUAAAAAGAUUUGCCAGGUGGGUACAGGGAAAGGACAAUGGGAUAAAGGAAUAGGGAGGACUAGCAAGGGAGUGACUGAUGUGUUGACUCUCGGAGUUAGGCUGGAUAGGAAAAGAGGCUGAAUGGAAGAAAGGCAAAUCUAGAUCAGAUAAAAGAAGAUUGUGGGGAUCAAGGGUGGGAGGUUGUAGUUGGGGUAUAGAAUGUCAGAGAUACAGAUAAUAAAGGUAGAGGUGGCUCUGAGGGUGCUGCUACAGAGUGCAGCCGGGGACAAGGGAGACUAAAAUCAAGCAAUGGUGAAAGUUACUGGGGUUGAGGUUUCAAACACCAUGACAUCCUGGGUGACUCUCACAGCAAUCAUGCAGAUGGAGCUUCUCCUUCUAUCUCACACAGUAGAAGCUAAGUCUCAUUAAGGUUUUGUGCUUUGCCCAGAGUCAUCCAGCUUACAAAAGGCAGUUCCAGUAUUAGAAUUCCCAAUUGGUGGUAACAAAUAUCACUAUCCAUGGGCAUUCAGAGAUAGUUUCUGAUUAUUUGGGGAUGGGAGAGGUUGGGUGUCUACAAACCCUUUUAAUCCUUUAAAUCCUAGUUUAGUUGCAUUACUGCAGAAUCCAGAGGUAUUUAGAAAGUACCUAUCUUUGUCCUUCUUUCCACUGAAUGACACCACCAACGACUGACCCUGCCAGUCCUGAAACCCUUUAAAUCUACCUACAUGACUCACCUUCCUUCACUCCCUCCAUCCCCUCAAUCUCCAGGCUUUUAUAAGUCUUGAAUGCAUAUUCUCCUUUCCAUCCACAUAGUUUAGGCCCUCAGCAUCUGUAUUAGUUUUCUACUAUUGCCAUAGCAAAUGAUCACAAAUUUAGGGGUUUAAAAUAACACAAAUGUAUUACUUUACAGUUCUGUAGGCCAUAAAUCAGUAUUAGUCUCACCAGGAUAAAAUUAAGGUGUCAGUAGAGCUCAAUCACUUUCUGAAGACUCUAAGGGAGGAUCCAUUUCCUUGCUCAUUUAGGUUAUUGGCAGAAUUCAGUUUCUGCUGUUGUAGGACUGUGGAAGAAAAACAAGUCUAGACCAGAUAAAGAAAGUGAAUUUUUUGUUGGCUGUCAGCUAAGGUCCUUUCCCAGCUCCUGGAGGUUAUCCACAGUCCUUGGUUCGUGGUUCAGGUUGAGUCCCUCUCACACUUUGAAUCUCUUUGACCCCCUCUUCUUCCAUUUUAGGGGAUUCAUGUGAUUAGAUUGGGCUCACUGAAAUAAUCCAGGAUAAUCCCCCAUCUCAAUGGCAUCAAUCUUAAUCACACCUGCAAAAUUUCUUUAUUCUUUUUUUUCCCAUGACCGAAUGAGAAGGUAACACCUGCAAAAAUUCUUUUGCCAUGUAAGAUAACAUAUUUACAGGUUCCAGGGAUUAAGAAGUGGACCUCUUUCUGUAACUCUACUCAUUCUGCCUACUGAAGUAUCUCACCCUGACAUAUUUCAAUAUUUCCUAAGCAAGUUUCUUGGUUCUGGGAUCUUCUAUGUUUCCAGAUUAAACUUUCUAGAACCACACCUGACAUAUCUCCUGUGCUUAAAACCCUUCUGGCUUCCUACCAAUCAAAGGUCAAAUUAAUGUUGUUUAGUUUCUAUAGGAAAACAGCCCUUGAGUUUGGUCCUGUUUUACUGUUUUAGCUUUAUUCCGGCCACCAUUCCACUUCUCCUCCAUCCUUAUUCAGGCUUGAAAAAGUUUACUGUGAUUCUUCUUCACUUAUAAGCCGCCUUUGAAGCUCCCAUUUCUUCUUCCAAACCCAGCUCAGACAUCACCUACUCCAGGAAGAUCUCCCUGACGCCCUUCCCCAAAGUUAUAACCACAGGACAAGGUCCUCUUUUAAAAACCUCCGUAUCUUGUGUAUGUUUCUAUCUUUUGCAUUAAACCCAAAUGUGUUGUGAUUUUGUCUAUUUCACCUAUCAAGAGUUUACUUUCCUCUCUCCAAGCCAAACUCAGCCAUUUCCCAAACGUGUAACUUUCUUUGGGAAGGCUAUUUACUUCACGAUGUCUCCCUUUUCCUUUGUAAAACAGGGAUAGCGACAGGAUCUAUAUCAUAGAUUGUUGUGAGUAGUAGAACGGUGACCUACACAUAUUAAGUUUUACUAGUAUUAUUAAUAUUUCCAGCCCUCUGCGCCCCGCUGCCAUGUACUAGGUGCUUAAUGGAUGUUUAUUGUAUGGAUGGAUUCAUCGUACUCCCACCAAGGUCCCUCGCCCUUGAAAAUGGCUACCCCGGGCCAGGGCUCCUCAACAGACUGAAGGUCCAGAUCCUACUCCAUCCUGGCGGUCUCGGGUGGCCCCUGAGGAGGGCAAGCCUUCCGCUCCACAGGCAAGGACAGUCACAGCUAAGUCCGCGGGGGGCGGCAGAGAGCGAGGGCUUUCCAGGAGCCAAUGAGUCUUUAACUCCAAGAGGAAGCCCUGCAUUCUCCGCAAAUGGAAACCAGGAAUCGGGAGCGCGUCAGCUAUCGUAGGGUAGACUUAAGGCCCGCAGAAAAUUAAAAGCAAAAGAGCAGGCGGAAUUCAGGGGCUUUCACGGAUCAUCAUCAUAAUAGUCAAUAAUGAUGGCAGCAGACACUAACAUUCACGCGUUCUUGUUAAGUGCAAGGCACAGUGCAAAUGUGUAUGGCCCCAUUUAACCAUCUCAACACACUACGAGGUUGGCGUCUCAUUUUUACAACGGAAGAAACUGAGAGGCUCAGGAAUACCGUAUCCUAUGCAUAUCUCCCAAGCGGGUCCUGUUCUCCAGCGCCCAGCGAUCUGGGCCUCGCGGUCCGAGUCCGGCUCCAGGGCCGCCGCCCAGCCCUUCUCCGCGCUCUCCUGCGCCUGGGCCACUUCCGACUCCUGCUGUCCCGUCCCCAGCUCCUCCUCACCCACUCCGCCCCGCCAUGCCCCGCCCCAGCCGCUCGGCUCCUCCUUCCCUGCACGCUCCGCCCCCGACCUCCCGGCUCCUCCCCGGCCUGCCCGCCACACCCUUGGUCCCUCCUGCAAGUUCCGCCCCUGGCCUCUGCCUCCUUUUCUCCCGCCGGCUCUAACCCGCGCUUGGCUAAGGUCCGCGGGAACCCGUGAGCCACCGAGAGAACAGAGAACUCGGCGCCGCCAAACAGCCCAGUUCGCGCUUCAGCGUCCCGGCGCCGUCGCGCCACUCCUCCGAGUAUGGACUCUGUACAGGGCAUUCUUUAACUGGCCUGGCUGCUUGGGCAUGGUCAAGGUACCACCCCUAGAAUUUCCAGUAAAUCAGCACCAGCCUGGGGAUCACAUUCUUGUCAAAGGGUGGAAAGAAGGAAAAUUUGUGCCAGCCUGGGAAGGACCCUACCUAGUGCUGCUAACCACUGAGACUGUUGUUCGUACCGCGGAAGGGGGUUGGACACAUCACACCCGAGUCAAGUAAGCGCCAUUAUCAUCAGAAUCCUGGGCCAUUGUUCCUGGAUCAAGCCCUACCAAAUU